CAAUAUCUUCCCACCAAGAAAUCAAAGGAACAUGGGCCUGGUUCCUUCACAAAAGCCCCACGCGCUCCUAAUCCCAUACCCAGCCCAAGGCCAUGUAACUCCCAUGCUUAAGCUAGCCAAGCUCCUCCACUCCAAAGGCUUCUUCAUAACCUUCGUCAACACCGAGCACAACCACCGGCGACUCGUCCGUAGUAGAGGCCUGGACUCUGUUAAAGGCCUCGAUGACUUCCGAUUCGAGUCAAUCCCCGACGGACUGCCGGACUCCGAUGAGGAUGCGACACAAGAUAUACCAGCUUUAUGCGAGUCUAUAACAAAGAACUGCCUUGAUCCGUUCCGUGAACUGUUGAAGAGAUUGAACUCGAGUGAGGGCUGGCCUUUGGUUAGUUGUAUUGUUUCGGAUGCUGUGAUGAGCUUUACGCUUGAUGCAGCUGAGGAGUUCGGGAUCCUUGAGGUCAUGUUUUGGUCUCCUAGUGCUUGUGGAAUUAUGGGGUAUUUGCACUACCAGCAACUCAUGGAGAGGGGAUUAUUUCCUCUGAAAGAUGAGGGUGAUCUUACAAGUGGGUACCUGGACACACCCAUAGAUUGGAUACCUGGGAUGAAGAACAUACGUCUAAAAGACUUGCCAACAUUCAUCCGGGCAACAAAUCCUGAUGACAUCAUGUUCAACUAUUGCAACCGUGAAGCACGAAGAGCCUCUCGAGCCUCCGCAAUCAUCCUAAACACUUUCAUCGACCUCGAACGUCCAAUUUUAGACUCAAUGGCUAAAAUCCUUCCUCCAAUCUAUACAAUUGGUCCCCUAUCUCUUCUCUCAAGCCAAUUACCUCCAAGUAAGCCCCUCGAAUCUUUAAGUUCAAGCUUGUGGAAGGAAGACAAAAGUUGCAUAGAGUGGUUGGAUGCGAAAAAGCCCGGGUCAGUGGUCUAUGUCAACUUUGGUAGCAUAACGGUGAUGAGCAAUGAACAACUUGUAGAAUUUGCAUGGGGGCUAGCUAAUAGCAAGAGUGACUUCUUGUGGAUAAUUAGACCCGAUCUUGUUAAAGGCGACAAUGCAAUUCUACCUGAGGAAUUCAUUAAGGAGACAAGAGAGAGGAGUCUACUAGCAAGUUGGUGUGCACAAGAGAACGUGCUAUUGCAUCCGUCUGUUGGAGGAUUCUUGACGCACUCUGGAUGGAAUUCGACGUUGGAGAGCAUUUGUGGCGGAGUACCGAUGAUAUGUUGGCCAUUCUUUGGAGAACAACAGACGAAUUGUCGAUAUGCAUGUACCAACUGGGGAAUUGGAAUGGAGAUCAGUAACGAUGUGAAGAGAGAGGAAGUGGAAGAAUUGGUAAGGGAGCUUAUGGGAGGUGCGAAGGGGAAGGAAAUGAAGAGGAGAGCAUUGGAGUGGAAGGAGAGUGCAAUUAGGACUACCAAACUCUAUGGAUCUUCCUUUGAGAACUUUGAGAAACUAGUCAGAGAGGUAUUACUUCGUCAUCGUAAAUCAUGAAAGGCCAGUUGAUAUAGUAUAUAUAAAACCAAAUUUUACAUCAAUAAAUUGUAAUAGUUGUAUUAAUAUUUCUACAUUAUGUCAACCUUAUAUUCUUCUU